AUGAAUCCUAUCUUCCUCGAGCCUCAUUUGACCGAACCGGGGCAUCGGAGAAAAUCACGCAACGAUGCUGCCACCGGAGCGUCCGCCGCCGGUGUCCGCGCUCUCAGUGCGCAGAUGGUGGCUUUCUACUUCAGGGCACCGAUCAAAGCCUUUUUUCGCACCCGAGUCGAUUACAUGGCAUUUGCAAGAGCAGUGAACCCGCGCGUUGCAGAGGGAAAAUGGUCCAUCCAUACUACUACCCCCGGAUUGUUGAUUCAUGCCGUCCGGACAUACGGCUGGCAAUUCAUACCGAAUCAAGUAUUGCCUCCUCUGAUAGCGAAUGCCGGUGUUGGCGCUGUCCUGUAUACGUCCUAUCUUCAAGUUCUGGGUGCCCUUCAUGAACCCGAGUCCCAGGGAGCGAAGCGAAUCUGGCCUCCCGCACCUCCCUCCGCGACCUUCACGGCCGGCUUUGCAGCGGGCACCCUCCAGUCUAUCAUUGCGGCCCCGCUAGACGCUUUGCAGGUUCGACUCCAGACCAGCGACAUGUUACAAGGCCAGUAUCGAAGUAUGUGGCAUUACGGACACCAUAAACUCAAACAAAUCGGUCUGCGGGGUGUCUUCGCCGGCUGGAGCCUAUCCUUCCUGCGCGACUCGCUUGGCUAUGCCGUGUUCUUCUCUUCAUUUGAAUACGUCAAGUCUCAGUCGUAUUACUCUUUCAUCACAUGGUAUUAUGGAUCCUUGCGUGCCGACCAUUUGCAGAUGCUACCUUCAUCCGGCUCCAGUGAUCGUGGUGUCCCUCUCAUCAAGCCGCACUAUGCGCUGGAGCCGUGUUUCCUCAUGAUGGCCGGCGUGGUAGCCUCAGUGGCGCAACAAGCUAUCCAGCAUCCACUGAGCAGAAUUCAGGACCAACAUCUGGGACGAUUGGAGUACCUUGAUCACCAGGCCAGUCUUGACCACACGCGGAAGCAGAUGCUGCGUCUAUACUACCACGCCUACCAGGAGACGUGGAAACGAUGCGAACGCAUGGCCGUUCGAGCUGGUGGUUGGCGACCGUGGCUGUUCCGCGGUUUCGCGAGCAGCGCCAUUCGUCAAGUGCCUAGCACAAGUGCAGGUCUGGUGAUCUUCGAACUCGUGCGUCGGCGAUAUGCGAGUCUGGAUGAUACCGUGCAUAUCCAAAAGGACGGAUACGAUAUCCUUCUUGCCUAG